AACCUUCUUCCAAAUACAAUUGAUCAUGAUUUCAUCAGAGACUGCAACAAUCCACUAUUUAGCUCCAGAAAACAUCUCAUCACUUCCUAUUGAUUACACCUUCAUGCACAAAAACUUACCAACAUUUCAAUUCAGCACAUUCCUAACAAAUUCUAACAAUGACUAUCAGGCCUUUUUUCCUAUUCAAGAGUUGAUGAGUACACCACCAUCAUGCAUCAGCAGUAACUCAACCUCUGAUGAAUCAGAGGAACAACAACAUAGAAUCAUCGAUGAACGAAAGCAGAGGAGAAUGAUAUCUAACAGAGAAUCAGCUAGAAGAUCAAGGAUGAGGAAGCAGAGGCACCUUGAUGAGUUAUGGUUUCAAGUGCAUCGUCUUCGAACAGAGAAUCAUAAUCUGAUCAAUAAGUUAAAUCAAGUCUCAGAAUCUCAUGGAAAAAUUGUUCAAGAGAAUAUACAGCUCAAGGAGGAGGCUUCUGACCUUCGUCGAUUGAUUACAGACAUUCAACUUGACAGUCCUUUCGAUGCUUUCAGCAACCUGGACGACGUUCCAUGUAGUAUUACGGCUGAAUCAUCAAACCAAUCCAACACAUAGAAGUUUUUACUAAUCUGCUUCUCUGAAAUUAUGACUAACUUUUGUGGAUUCAGAGAGGAAAGGAGAGUGAGCUGGAUAUAUUUUCCAUGUUUUUCCUUCAUCAUGUUGUUC